AUGUUUCGUAAUACUUUCCAGCCUUUACAAAUAUGGCACACUGAAACGGAUGCUAAACAUGAAGAGAGUCAUGUUUCGCGAGUGACGGACGAAGACAUACAUUCAAUAGUCAUAGAAGUAAUUUCACCGAAUGUUGCUACAACAUAUAUAACAUGCCCAGCACAACUGAAUAGAACACUUGGGAUCAAACUUCCGAUUCUCGUUCUUAUUGUAAAAAAUUUGAAAAAAUAUUUCACAUUUGAAGUCCAAGUAAUGGAUGACAAAAAUGUGAAAAGACGAUUUAGAGCAUCAAAUUUUCAGGCGGUAACUCGAGUCAAACCAUACAUUUGUACCAUGCCCAUGCGACUAGAUGAAGGAUGGAAUCAAGUUCAGUUUAACCUUGCAGAUUUUACGCGACGAGCUUACAGUACGAAUUAUGUUGAAACAUUAAGGGUACAAAUACAUGCAAAUUGCAGGUUGAGGAGGAUAUAUUUUGCGGAUAGGGUUUACGCAGAAGAAGAAUUGCCACCGGAAAUGAAAUUAUGGUUACCGGUGGAUAGGCAACACGAAUAA